AUGCAUCUCAGUCUUCUUUUGCUCUCGGCGCUCAUCGGGUCAGCUCUGGCUCUGCCAGGAUACCAUGCGCGCAAUUCCACAACCCCUUCCUACCGUCCAACACACACUCUUCUGCCCACUGGAUCUAGUGGCGGCUACGGGGGAAAGCACCAUACAUCUAAUACUACUACCGGUCCGCACCCUACGACCACUGACAGCGGCAAUGGACCCGGAACUGGAGGUGGCCUGGUGACAACGGUCACGGAUACCAUCACGAGCACCACUUUCAAGCCAUGCUCGACACCGAUCGGAACCAACGGAGGCACCACCUACUACAGCACGUGGCUGACCGCGUCGGUAUGGGAGACUACAACUUGUUACCCGACUACGGUUCCGACUUCCAUCCCUACAUUUGUGGUGACCGGUCUUCCCGGUGGUGCCAGCAAUUGUGUUAUCCAACCCACCGUGACUGCAACCGUAACCGUCACUGUUGGAAACGACAAUAAUGGAAAUGGAGCCACGGUGACCCAGAAGCCUGGCAUCGGUGGUGGCAGCGGACCCUGUGAACGUUGCGAGACUAUCACCUACACCAACACCGAAGGCCGCACAACUACUAUUAUCAUCCCGCCUUUCACCGACGGAUCGAACAGCACGGCGACUCAAACGGGUCCCCAGACUUCGGCACAGACCAGCACUCUGACGACCACAACGAAGCGGCCCAUUGGUACUGGGACUUAUCCGACGCACACCCGCGGACAUGCCAGUGGAUACCAGCCCUCGGGGACACAAUCUACUCAUGUUCCUAAGGAGUCCAAGGCCUGGCACUUGGCUCGCAAGUUCUAG